CAGGUGCUCCAGCCCCAGCUCCUCACGCUCGGCUGCAAGAGCGCGCCGCUCAUCGGCGCCGGGCAGUGGUGGCGCCUCGCGACGCCCAUGCUCCUGCACGCGUCGCCGGCCCACCUCAUCGUGAACAUGAUCAGCCUCCGCAACGUCGGCAGGUCGCUCGAACGGGCCUACGGGGCCAAGAAGACCCUCGUCGUCUACGUCGCGUCGGGCAUCGCGGGGAACCUCCUGUCG